ACAGACAAGAUCUCUAAGAACUCACUCACUGUUCUUAAGAGUCGGCUUAAACCUCUUAGCAAAAAUGCAUCUCAUGUAUACCCUCGACAGUGAAGGCAAGCGCAUCUACACAUUGAAAAAGGUGCUGGAUGGCCAGGUCACAAAAUCUGCCCAUCCCGCCAGAUUCUCGCCAGAUGACAAAUACUCCAGACAGCGAGUUACAUUGAAGAAACGAUAUGGACUGCUCUUGACGCAGCAGCCUGAACCCAAAAUGUGACCGCUCUCUGGCAAUAAUUGAUAUCCGGGCGAAUGGCGUUAUUCUUUUGUGGCGAGGAAAGGGCGGUUUUUAAAAAUGAGGCAUAUAUAAUCCUAAACUAGUCUCAUCUAUUGUUACCUAUCUAAGGCUCCACGGUUUCCUUUUGGUAUGGCUCUGUACAAAUUCUAUGGUGGCGAAGUACUAGCAGAAAUCAAGGUGCUGCGGACAUAAUUCGAGUUCAGAUGCCAUACGACUCACUCUAUAUGUGACAUUCUACUCUACGUUGCACAUCCAAGCGAUCUCCCAUGCCUGAAGUAUUGAAAUGGGGUUUUAUAUUUGCGAUCCUUUAUCUAUCUUUGAUUCCCUACUAGUAUGAAAUGCUUAAAGAAAAAUCAUCAGUGAAAAUAAGGAUUAUAUAA